CCGCGCCAUGCGUACCGUGGGGGCCGCCAGCGAGGAGGACGGGGCGCAGCCUUAGACCGUGCAGAGCCGCCCCCGACAUGGUGGAACCCGAGGAGCUGGUGCCGGAUUCAGGUGCUGUUUUCACUUUUGGAAAAAGCAAGUUUGCAGAAAAUAUUCCCAGCAAGUUCUGGUUAAAAAAUGACAUACCUGCAUAUCUAUCAUGUGGAGAUGAACAUACUGCUCUUAUAACAGGAAAUAAUAAACUUUACAUGUUUGGCAGCAACAACUGGGGCCAGUUAGGAUUAGGAUCAAAGACAACAAUCAACAAGCCAACUUGUGUAAAAGCUUUAAAACCUGAAAAAGUAAAAUUUGCUGCAUGUGGAAGGAACCACACCUUGGUAUACACAGAAGAAGGGAAUGUAUAUGCAGCUGGAGGUAAUAGUGAAGGGCAGUUGGGACUUGGUGACACGGAAGAAAGAACUACUUUUCACCUAGUCAGCUUUUUUACAUCCCAGUACAAGAUUAAACAGCUCUCUGCCGGAUCCAACACUUCAGCUGCACUAACUGAGGAUGGGGACCUUUUCAUGUGGGGUGACAAUUCUGAAGGGCAAAUUGGUCUAGCAGAUGAAUCUAAUGUGUGUGUCCCUUGUCAAGUGGUCAUUGGAAAGCCUAUCUCCUGGAUCUCUUGUGGAUAUUAUCAUUCAGCCUUUGUAACUACAGAGGGCGAACUCUAUACAUUUGGAGAACCAGAGAAUGGAAAGUUAGGUCUGUCACCUGAGCAACUGAAAAAUCAUAGAAUUCCCCAGUUGGUUCUUGGAAUUCCUGGGAAGGUGAAUCAAGUGGCUUGUGGUGGAGGGCAUACAGUAGUUCUAACAGAGGAAGAAGUAUAUACAUUUGGCCUUGGACAGUUUGGUCAGUUAGGUCUUGGCACUUUUAUAUUUGAAACCUCACAACCAAAGGUUAUUAAACAUCUUCAGAAUCAGAAAAUACGUUAUAUUGCAUGUGGGGAAAACCAUACAGCUUUAAUAUCAGAUACAGGCCAUAUGUAUACUUUUGGAGAUGGUCGACAUGGAAAAUUAGGACUUGGACAGGAAAAUUUUACUAAUCAAUUUGUACCCACGUUGUGCUCUAAUUUUUUGAAAUUUAUAGUCCGUCUGGUUGCUUGUGGUGGAUGCCACAUGCUAGUUUUUGCUACUCCAAGGCUCAACAAAUCCGAAGAAAUUACGGAAGAAAAAGUAAACAAUAGUGGCUUGACUGUAGUUUCUUCUCUUGGUGAUGAUCAGCCUUCAGGAAACUCCUUGCAGAAAGCAGUAUCUGCAAGGUCACGGAGAAGAGAAAGGGAAAAUUCACCGGAACAGCUUGGUCGAAUGAUAAGAACUCUACCCCCAUUGGAAGUUCCUUUCAAACCACCAGUACAUGCCUCCAACAGUACAGUCCCUCUCAGGUUCCCUGUAAACAAUUAUCCUCGUGCAAAUACAAGUAAUGAAAACGACAACCUACAAUUAGUUGAUGCAGAUGACCCAGUUCAAGAGAAAGAAAAAAGUAGUUCUUCAGCAGAAGAGUCAGAACCUGAAAACGAACAGAGAAGUCUUGGAGACACUAUUGAUGUUCUGAAUAUGACACAUAUGAUGAGCCUGAAUCCCACUGAUCAAUCUUUAAGAUUGUCACCAAUUCAAAAACAAAAGAAUCUUGAAACAACCAAGAAACAGAAGAAACUUGAAUGUUAUACUGAAAACAAUUCUGAGACCGAAUGUAAAAAUGUUAGUGAAGUUGAAGAGAUGUCAGAAACAAGCAAAGAGAGACAGACACAGAAUGAGUCUUUGGAGGAGGAGAUGCUUAUGAAGCAAGCAACAGUAGCUAAGUCACUUUCAGCUGAACAUAUAAAUAGUGACCCAGCCCAGUUUGUACCAAAAGCAAAUCCUGUUGAAGAAAUUUCAAAGAAAGAGACACUUAAAAGUAAAGAUGAGUUAAUAAAUACUGGUGAGAGUUGUUGUCACAAAGUAGUGGAGGAGGAAAGUGAUGAAGUAAAUACUUUGAAGAAUUUAGAAACAAUAGAAAUAGCUUCUGACAAUGAAAUAGAGCAAGACACAAGUCAGCAACUAGAAAUAGAAAGUCUGAAGGAUGAAGGAAAGGGAGGAGAGAAUUUAGAAAAUAAUGAUAAUAAAUCCUCUGAUGGUCCACAGGAGCAAGACAAAAAAGAAGAACUUCCCCAGAAUGAACAUAGUGAGAGAAGUGAAAUUAAAAUUAAAGAUGAAGAAAAUGAAGGCUUUGUUGAAGAACUUACAAAUAAGAAACAAGAUAAAAACUCUGACAACGAAAAAGAAUCUGUAGAAGAGUCAGAAAAUAACAAGGAGGGUGAAAAUGAUAGUAAAGAGGAUGUAGUUGAGAAUUUUAAGCAAUUUCAGUCAAAUAAGGAAUGUUAUAAUGAAGAAAAAGAAAAUAUUGUAAAGAUAGAUGACCAGCUCUGUAAUCUAGAAGGUGAUGAGCAAGAGAAUGAGGAACAGUCUGAAGAGAAAAAAAUAGAAGUAAAUGCCAAAGAUGAUGGUGGAGAUGGUCAAGUGAUAGAGACACAGGAAGGAGAAAAGAUGGUGGAGGGAGGGGGGGAAGAGAAGGAAGAGGCAGAAGCAGAGGAGGAAGAGGAACAUGAAGAAGCUUUGGUUUCCUUAGAUGAGGAAGAUAUGGCUCUAAAUGAAGCAGAAGAGGAAGAAGCAGAGCAAGAGACAGGUGAAGGAGAGGAAAAUGCAGAGGAUCAAGAAGAGUCAAAUGAAGAAAGAACAACACCAGAAACAGGUGACGGAGGCAUGGAAGCUAAUAAUGAACCUGCAGAUGAAGAGAGAAAAGUAAUACAAAAGAAGGAAGAGGAUGUGAAAUCAGAGAGCCAUGAUGGAGCAGAAGUAGAAGGAACCAGUGUCGCCAUGGCUGAAACCAUUGAAAAGGAAGAAAACGUUAAGCAAGGUGAACAAGCCAUUCAGGAAUGCAAUGAAAGUCAGAAAGGAAACACAAAUGAACAUAUGCCACGCAAUUCAGAAGUCCAGGAAUAUUUUAUAGUAGUACCAAAUAGAUUUCUUAAAAAAUCACGAACGGUUUCUCUUUUUAAGAGGAAGUCAGUGACAAGUCAAAAAAAUGUGCAGAGUAUUCUUGAAGCAAAGCCUACUGUUGAGCCACUCGUAGUUGUAGAAGCAAGACCAAUAGGAGAUCAAGCAAAUGGGAAAGAGAGAAAAGAUGAAAACCAAAACCACACAGGGCAAAACCAUAUGGAACCUUCAUCAGCUAAUCAGGAGAGAAAGUCAAAGUCAUGUACAAUUCUAUAAAUACAUAUUUAUUGUUUGUGGUCUCCAAGCACAUGUUGCAAUUUAUACUUGAAAAUAAUUAUGGCUUCUGAAAGUUGCUGAUAAUGAACUUUGUACUGUAAGUUAAUUAUUUGUUUUCUUGGGGUUUGGACAUUGUGACCAUGGUAUUGGUAUUUAUUUCUACUGAUAAUAUUAGUAUAAGAAGUACAUUCUGAAAAUCUUAACUAAAGUGUUGUGGCCUUAAUUGUUCAGUGUUGUAAUAAAAAUAUAUUUUUUUAUGUGAAAAAUGAAUUCAGACAUUUAAUAAUUUCUACUAAGCAGUUUUUACGAUUCUUUAAAACUAUUUCAAACUCAUGAAAGUGUAUCUAUUUGUAACUUUUUUGCAUUGUUUGAAAAACACAAGCAAAAUUGUUUUCAGUGAGUACAUUUCAAUAAAUCAUCUCUGGUGUGUUACACUCUUAGGAAUGAUAAUAGGAUUAAAGUUGAGGGGCACUUGCAGCUAUUAGUUGAAAAAAUCAGGACAAAUUUAAAUUUGUUAACAACACUGUAAUUUUAUAAAUUGUCACUUAUAAGUGCUGAUCGAAGCAAAAUUUAUUUACCAGGGUAAAUAAAUCAAUACACAGCUGCUGAUGUAAAUAACUCAGUUUUAUAGAAAAACAUUGUUAAUAGUAUAGCUUCAUUAUUUACAUUUCCUUUUUUUUUGAGCCAUUGGUUUGAAAUUUUUCCAUUUGAUAAGACCAAGUCACCCAACUUUGAAUUUUUAGACUUGCCCUUUUGAGAUAGUCAAACAAGACAGUGAGGAGGCUAGAUCUGAACAUUUUGACAUUCUCUAAGAUAGAUAGUGGAUACCAUGACCAAAUAAAUCACAUGGCAAUCUGCAUCUAUCAUUGAGGUACGAAAUGCUAAGAAUGUCCAUGAUAAUAUAGGCACCUUCUUAUAAGAAAGGUUCUACUUAUGUCAUUGCCCUCCACAGAAAAGACUAUGCAAUAGGCUCUGUACAUUAUGCAUAUGCAAUAUGCAUAAAGACUAUGCAGUAGGCUCUGUACAUAACCCCUUUAUGAUAGAAUAUUUUGUACUUAUAUUGAAGUCACUGUCACUGAUUAAAGCAGUGGAAAAGAUAUUCUAUUUAACAAAUUCUUGCUCAAGUCAUAUAGAUAGUACUACAGAUCACGUUAGGAUUUGAGAUGCAAUGACUACCUCCCAUUGUCCCAAAUUUAGACUUACUUGAAGAUAACCAUAAUUGCUAGAAGAUAGUUCUAAAGGCAUUUGCCCUGAGCCAAAGCAUUCCUCAGAGCCAUAAUUUCUAGGACUCAUCAAAAUAAAAGCCCCCUUUUCUUCCUCCCCCCCUCUAAUUCCUGCCCUGGUUGGGUAGGGGAACCCAUUAGCAAGUAUUCUACCUCUAUACCAUCCCUUCCAGGCGAUGUGCAGACCUCAUACAAAGUGGCAAAGCACUUCUGUUUCCCUGUAGACAACACCUCUGAUACUAUCACACCACCUUCCCCAAUAAGGAAACAUUGCAAAGUUCAGGGUAAUUUAUUUUAUUUCUUUAGGCUGAAAAAAUCUUGGCAGCAGGCCCUGCCUGCUGUCUUUUUUUCCUUCCAUUCCCAUUCAGAUAAUAGUAUCAUGAACACAGAUAUAUAAUAGCUCAGUGGUUCCUCCAAGGAGAUGUUAUUUGGACCCAGGCUGGUUCUUGUUUACCUCCCCACCACAGAACAUAACAUGAAAAUUUUGUGAUAGUCAUCUGUUCCCUUGAGGAGAAUUCCAAUUUUAUUAAUGGUAAAUCAGUGCAAUUCCUGGUGACUUGGUUGUUGCAAAUACAGCAUUACUAUUACAAAAGUGUUUAUAUACUCUCUCUUUCUCCUCUCUCUCUCAUACACCCCUUCCCCACACACACACACACACACAGAGCGAGAUUCCAAUACAAGAAAAGGUCAGAGUGCCAAGAAAUGCCAGUCAUUUUGGUUGAAAACCUUUCCCUUUAUUAGGAAAAGGGAUUGGUAAGAGACUAGGGAAAGGAUUAAGUUAAAGAUUUUGGUAAAAGAGGUCAUAAGGCAUAUGGUUAUCAAGUAGGUAAAUAAUGUAGCUUUAUCAGAGGAAGAGGUACAUUUAAAUGCCUUUCUCAAGUGUGCUUAGUAGUCGAGUGUAAUGAAAGCCAAGGCUACCUCCAUUGUAGGAGUGCUAAUGGACUAUUUGAUAAUAACAGCCUGAAGAAGAUUGUAUUUCCCUUUAGACUCUGAAGUAUGCUCGUACUGUAUUUGUCAUUUGCAUUUCCUUGAGUAUCUGACCUCUAAAAGAAGUUAACUUCAGGAAAAUAUAGAGCGAUAAAAAAUGGACUCUUAUUCUAGACUGUUACCUAGAGUUUUAGAACCAUUUUGAAUAUAACUUAAACUUCCAAUUAGAUAAAAAGGAGACAUUUGAACACAAAACUUUUAGAGAAACCAACUUGUGUUUGCAAUUUUUCUUUUUUUUUCAAUAAAUGAGGAAGAUCAUUGUUAGAAUUAAUCCAACAGAAUUGUCAAAUCCUACUGAUUUCAAUAAUAAAAGGGCUUGCAUUUAUUAAUUCUUUCAAAGUUUAAAGACUCAUUUUAUGCCUAAAAUUCCUGAUCUUUACAGCUUAUCCUCUGAUUGGUCUUUCUCCUCUAGUAACAUUACUCUAAACUUUCCAUCAUUCAAUAUUUUGUUAGUAUGUGACCUCAUUGGUGCAGAUACUCCAUGAAGUUGUAUAGCAUACACAUCCUGUGUUUCUCUUAUUCAUGUCAUCCUGUAGUAGAUCACUGAAAAAGAGAUCUGCUACUUCUCUUUUUAAAGGUCAUUAAAAGCAUUAAUGUUAU